AACCCCGGGCUGCCCCAGCGGAGCGCGCGCACUUAACCGCUUGCACCACCGGGCCGGCCCCCCCACUGCCUUUCAGUGGAAUCAAUCCUUCAUUCCCAUGUUUAUUCAUUGAACAUUUAUUGAGCACCUACUGUGUACCAGGCACAAGUCUAAAGGGGAGCCACAGACAACUCAGGACAACACAAUGAGCUCUCUGAUGUGGGGAGCCCUGGGUACUGGGGGAACCUGGAAGAGGGGUCACUCCCUAAGCUGUGGAGUGCAGGAGAGGCUCCCUGGAGGAGGUGAAGCUUGAGUGGAGUCUAGAAGGUUGAUUAAGAGUUAACCUGGGCAGAGAAGUGGGGGAAGUGUUCAAGGCAGGGGAAGUGGGAGACAUGCAUGACCUGUUCUUGGCGCUUCAAUAGCAAAGUAUGCUCUUAAGGUGGUGGUCAGAGGGGGUUCAGCAGAAGCAGGUCACAGUGGGCCUUGAGUCGCAUUAAGGAGUUUGGGCUUUGUCCUGAAACUGGUGUAGGGAAACUGAAGAAUUCUAAGUAGCAUUGGCAAGAUGGCCUCGGCUGCAGUUUGGAGCAUAGAUUAGAGGACCUAGCCUAGAAACGGCUGCAAUGCUCCAGGUGAGGAGUGAGGAGGGUUUGCAUUAGGCCACAGUAGUAGAAUGCGAAAGGAGGCAAUGGCUUCCAGUGACAUCCAGCAGAAUUGAGAGCUCUUGGAGAGCAAUUGGAGGUGGCCAGUGAGAGAGAGGGACGUGCCUGGGGAGACUGUGGGUGGUGGUAUUCCUAGACAUGGAGGAAGCAGAUAAAAGAAACAGGUUAGAGGCAGAACCAACAUCUAGCUUUGGGCAAGGUGGAUUUAAGGUGCCUGUAGGGGAAUCCAAGAGGAGAAGAGCAGAAGACAGCUGGGUGCUGGGUCUGGAGCUCCACAGAGAGCUCCAUCUAGGGUGGAGCCUGGUAUUUUGAAUCAAGGGCAGGGAUUAUUAACUUCAGUUCACAGAUAAAGCUCAGCGAGAUUAAGCAAUUUGUCCAUAGUUACACACCCAUAAAGCAAGGACUUGAACUCAGAUCUUUGGAUUUCAAGGUCUGUGGUGUCCGUGACCCCCAAGUCUAAUGCUAACUCCCCUCCCCCAGGAUGCCCCAGCUUUUGCAAGGGGAGGGGGGUUGGGCAGGAGGAAGCAGCUGUCUGAAUAUGGUUCUAUCUCCUCUCCAUGUGCCUUCUGCCUGAAAUUGCAUAUGCCCAGAACUUGCAGGCAGAGGCACUUCUAGGUGGCUUGGAGAUAUGAAGAGAUGAGGAGAGAGAAAUUCUUGUUUCUUGGUAACCACAAGCCCUCAACCCAUGCACAAUCAGCACACUGGUGGUUGUCAACAUGUGAGAAUGUCAACAACCCUGCAGUAGGCUGGGACUAGGUUGAGAGAGGCUCGUGCUACUACCACGGCCACUUCAGGGACUUGAGAACUGAGGUGCUGGGGACCCCUCCUACCUGGUACCGCUCAUCUCCUUCCUUGACUAGCUGCUUCUGUCUUUGCAGUAGGUUCUGCCCCAGAGUGAGGAGGUCAGAGAGGCCUCAGUCCUAGGUGUGGCUGAAGCUUUCCACCUUUCGAAAAUCAAAUGAGCUGAGCUGGGCCCACAGCCUGGGAGCAAGGUGGUGUUGCAGUCCAGUACCUAGAGAAAAAUCUUGUCUUAGCCCCAGUAAUCACAUCCUCAGAGAAGUGUGCCUUGAUUCCCUUUUAAAUCAGGCCUUUACACCUACUGUCUCUCAGGGUGGUGUUUUUUUUUUUUUUUUUUGGUGUGUGUAUUUGUCUCCUCCACUGGACAGUAAGCUCCAUAAAACCUGGACUGAGUCUGUUUCAUCUGCUUGGCAUGUUUCCUAACUCCUGACUCAUACUGGUCAAAUGAAUGAAUAAGUGAAUGAAUGCCCCCUAAGAUCCAGGCUCUAGGCCUCACAGCAAAGGCGGCUCUUGUCUGUUUACUGAAUGUGCUCCAGCUAGCAGAAUGUCACUUUCAAUUCUGCAAUUGGUGUGGUGGCGGGGGGCAGGAUGCAUUAAGAGGUUCCUUCCCCCUCAGGAAACAGAUGGUAAAAAUGCUUAAAACACUGCUGUUUCCCCCAGUGCCCUCUGCACCCCCACCCUACCCCAACCAGCCGCAGACCCAGCUCCUUGUCCCCUAGGGCUGAAAUGGAAUCCCCUAGAUGGGCUCUGGUAGUAGGUUCUCCUUCCUUCUAACUCUGGGUACCAAGCUGGGUGGGAUGAAAAUUCUGUAUUUAGUGAACUAUCUUCCGUCUUCUCUCCACAGACUUCCCAGCCUUCCUCAAUCCUCUUCAACUGGUGCUCCUGCUCCCUUUUUAAUACUCCGAACACCAUUUCUCAGGCUGUAGCUUAAUUCACUGUACUUCAAUCCAGUAGCAACACAUUCCUACUAUGUGCCAGGCACUGGACCAGGCAGGGAGUGGAGGGAGUACACAGGUGAACAAGACAUGAACCCCCCGCCCCCACCCAGGAUUCACAGUUGAUUGGAAGAAACAGACAUGCCAGUUGACAAUCUCAGUGUGGAGAGAAACCCAUUUGGUUGGAGAACCAGGCCAGGGCUUGGGAAGUAGGUGGCUUUUAUGGCAGGCAGCUAAAGGGUCUCAGGAAUCCUCCUUUCUGAGAUGGUGAAAGGCGUUCAGGUGGAGAAACGCAGAAGCAAAAGCACAGUUGGAAAGGGCUGGGCAUGUGUGGGCAAGGACCAGUGGGUGCAGAACAUGGAAGAUAACCUGCAAAGGCUGGUGGAGGCUGCUCAUGGAGGCUCUUGACUGUCAGAUAAGGAGACUGAUCUGAAUGCAGUGGGCAAUAGGGAACCAUUGAAGGUUUAUGAGCUCUGGAGUAACAGACUCUGAGCUAUGCUUUAGGAAGGUUAAUAGGGCUGUGAGGAGGAUUCCCUGGGCAAGGGGGAGGCAGAGGCAGGGAGCUCAGUUACAAGGUUGUUCCCUUAGUGGAGGGGAGCACUAACCGGCUGUGGGAGGGCCGUGGCAGUGGGGUAGAAGGAAUCGGCUCUCCCCUGUGAUGACUGGCCUCUUCUUCUAACCACCCCCUCAGCCUGAGGAUGCUUUGCCUUCCCCACUUCUCUUUUUGUUUUCUGGUUUUUCCCAGUUUAAGCAAAGAAGGAAAUUCACAAACAAGAGGCUCCCCCUUCCUCUCCCUCCUCCAGGCUGGGUCUCUCUUGGCUCAGGUUCUCCUCUGCUGGGUCUUGGUAUCUGAGGUCCCUCUGUAGGGUCUCUGACUGAGAGUCUCUCUUCUUGCUCCGUCCCUGUCUUCAGAUGCCCACUCUCUGGGAUCAGGGAGCUGUGCCUGCGCAGUCAGUUUGUCAAUGAAUCGUAGAAGCAGCACUGAUUGUUCCUAGAAGAUGCCUAUCACCAAGGGACACCCAAAGGGAGGGGGGACCCUGCUCUUCCCCAAGGGAACUGACUUUGAGUGGGCCUACAGGACCCAAGCUAGUGAAACAUUUAGAGAUCGCUUGAGGGUUGGAAUAUUCUCCCAGCUCAGAGAGGACCAGGGAGACCUGUCUGCCCCACACAGCUGGUAGGUGCAGAAGGCCAGUGGCCUAGGGUUUUGCUUCAAUGUAGUACCCCAGACAUGGCACUUGGAGAAGGGAGAGCUGGGAUCCAGUUGUGGGCAACUGUGCUGAGUUUCCGAUUUGCGGUGGAGGAGCAGUCCACCAGAGAACUCUGGAGUUUUCUCCGGGUGAGGGGGAGGACAUGGAGUCUGGGCCCCAUUUUCCUUGCACCUCCAGGGCCCUGGACAGGUAGCUGGUUGUCACGGUGAAGUCCAUAGUGCCCGCGAGGGGCCAGAGUCCCAGGGGAUUCCCAGGCCCAGCAGGUGACUCGCGGGGCUUGCGUGACCUCAUUGGCAAAGCUCGUCGCCCGGCCCUCCCCCGAGGGCGGGGCUCCAAGCCGGGGUUCGACCCGGACCCUGGAAGGCCGCCGAGUCCUGCCUCUGCCUGGCCCGGGUCGCGCCAUGGGACAACUGAUCGCCAAGUUGAUGGGCAUCUUCGGGAAACAGGAGCACAAGGUUAUCAUCGUGGGACUGGACAACGCAGGAAAGACCACCAUUCUCUACCAGUUCCUGAUGAAUGAGGUGGUCCAUACGUGUCCCACCAUCGGUAGCAACGUGGAGGAGAUUGUUCUGCAAAAAACGCACUUCCUCAUGUGGGACAUAGGGGGACAGGAGGCUCUGCGCUCCACCUGGAACAUGUACUACUCCAACACUGAGUUCAUCAUCCUUGUGAUUGACAGCACGGACCGGGACCGGCUGCUGACCACUCGGGAGGAGCUGUACAAGAUGCUGGCCCAUGAGGCUCUUCGAGAUGCUUCCGUCCUGAUCUUUGCCAACAAGCAGGACAUGAAGGACUCCAUGACCACUGUGGAGAUCUCCCAACUCCUCACUCUUAGUGCCAUCAAAGACCACCCGUGGCACAUACAGGGCUGCUGUGCCCUCACCGGGGAAGGGUUAGUGGCUGCCCCACCUGGACCUCCAGGGCCUGGCCCCACCAAUGGGCGAUUGACCAUCAGAACUCUCUCCUGUCAGAAUCCGGCUCAUAGUUAUCUCCUGGGCCAAAUCAGUUGAGCACCUGCCUAUAGUUAGGAUGCUGUGGGUAAGCGGCUGCCCGCCGGGCUCCAGUGGAUGCAGUCUCGGGCCACUGCCAACUGAUGUCCCAGCCUGAGGCCAACCAGAAACUGGGGGGGUUUUGCAAGAACUACGUGGGUGGAAAACCCAAAUGACUAUUUAUUACUUUUCCGUGAUUCUCUGGUGGGACCAGGGGCAGCUGUGGACAGUGAGAUUGCCAUGGUCCACCCAACCCCUCACCGAGGAGCUAGACUGCACACCCCGAAUUGUGGCAGACAGGACAGCAGAGAAGGCUGCCCCUUGCUCCAUGGAAGUGGCUGUCCUUCUUGGAGACACCAGGGAAGCUGUUGGACGUGUUUUGGGAUUAGGAAGUGGAGUCCCCCUCCCCUCAGCCCUCAACCUCUCUGUAGGAAAAAUGGCAGCGGGGGGCCGGGCAGAGUAAGAGACCCCUAGAAUUGCUCUUUAUUUCCUAGAACCCCAUCCCAGGUUUCUGGCCCCUCAGCCGUCUUUGGGCAAAAGAGAUUCCAGAAAGGUGAAGAAGAUGGGCUCAAGGGAAGGAGGGCAGAGCCAAAAGCUGGGAGGAGGACAGGACAUCCCAGACAGAGACAGGCCUUCGUACUGCAGGGAGUCCCACUCCUCCCUGGCCUUCCAGUUCCCUCUGAGAUGCCUGCUCUGACCACAGCUUUUGAGCUUUAAGCCACCCCAUCCUAGGCCCUUCACUCCCAACGUCCUGCCACUGUGAUUCCCACUCCCAAAUGUCCCAGAUCCCUGUAGCGUCUGCUUAUCUUGUCUGUCUUUUUGUAAUGAUUUUUUUUCACAUUAUAUUAGAAUUUUUAGAAAGAAACGCUGCUGAAAACUGCUCACCUCUUAUUUCUGCCUGUUUCUUCUGCCUGUGCCUCAAACUGGCUUUUGGUUUUUGUACAAAGCUCUCAGGCAGGGGGAAAUCUGCCUUGGCAAUGGAGGAGGCGCUGCCUCAAUCCAUCUGGCUAGGGGCCUGGCUCCUGGGCCCCAGGUUCUAUGGCUCUCUGCCAGGGGACUGACACCUGGCUUGCCGGGCUGCGGAGCUCCCGGCUCUGCCCCUGCCUAGGGGAGCGAGUGGUUUGACACUGACUCUUGGAGGAGAGGAGGAGGGGCCCUUGGAGCUGGAAAAGCCCAGGAGUCCUAUCUAGGUAGAGAUGGAGGCAGAGUGGAAACGCAGGCUGCCCAUCUGUAUACAGGGAGCAGUGCUAUUACCCCAGAAGACCUGGUAUGGUUCUGUGGUCAGUGGAUCUCUCUCCUUCUCAAGUCAGGCAGUGAACAUCUUGGAGAGAGUGUGGACACAGAUAUAGAGAGCCCAGGAAGAACUCAGGAAUUCUAGCCAUCCUCACUCAGAUUCUGUGUUCUUUCCUUUAGGUUCGCCUGGCACAGUCCUCAGAUAAAAACACAAUCAAGUUAAUAUCAUUCCCUUAUUCCACAGAAAUUCAUUCUAAUAAAAGAGGUACAGCACCUCGGGGGUAUAGCUCAGUGGUAGAGCAUUUGACUGCAGAUCAAGAGGUCCCCGGUUCAAAUCCGGGUGCCCCCUCUCAUUCCUGGAGUUUUACUGUUUUC